AUGCCUGGAUGCCUUCAGGUCGCGGCGCCAGUGUCCUACUUGUCCUGCGAGACCCCGUGUUGCGACGGGCAGAACAGUCUAUUGGUCGAGCACCGGCAGGGGCCGAAGAUCGGUUACAGCUCUUUCGAGAGCCCCUUCGCCGAGAUAGAAGACUCCAAGAGCCCUCAGGGCUACAGCAAGAUGGAGAUUGUCUGUGCCUCGGACCUAGACGCCUAUCGCAUCAAUCGGUGGUCGAAG